CGGGCUGCUGUUCACACCCCUCUCCAUGGCCAGGGGCAGGCGGCGCGUGAGCGCCGUGGGCUCUGCCCUCACCGUGCCCCAGUUGCUGAACGAGGCGCAGCGGGGGGCCGCUAGCGCCCACGUGCGGUAUGCCAAGAUGCUGUGGGAGUUGGCAACCGGCGACGCCAACGACACCCGCGACCAGCAGCUGGCGGCGAUGAAGUGGUUUGCGACGGUGGCCGAGCCCACGGUGUACCAGUCGCGCCUGCUCAGUUUCUUCGGCACCUUUGCCAUCGAGGCGGGCACCCCCGACCGCCUGGCCUUCAUCGAGUGCCUGCUGGAGCCGCUGGUGGGGCUGACGUACGCCAAGGAUGCCACGGCGCGGUGGCGCUUCUGCCAGCUGCUGCACGCGCUGGUGGGCAACCUGCCGGCGGAGGCGGAGCUGAGCGACGACGUGCUGGACGGCUUCCAGGAGGCCAUGGAGGAGCGGCUGGAGGACGCCAAGCCCACCAUUCGUGCGGUGGCGGUGCGCGCGCUGGCGCGCCUGCCGGACCCCGGCGACGGCGGCGACUUCCGGUCCUGCCCCCUCACCCGCGCCAUGCUGGACAUGCUGGCCGCGGAGAAGAGCAAGGCGGUGCGCAAGGCCAUCCUGGCCACCCUGCCCUGCUCCGCCUUCACCCGCAAGUUCUUCACGGAGCGCACGCGUGACGAGGCCGACGACGUGCGCAAGAUGGCUUACAUGGCGCUGGCCGAGCGCGUGCCGCUGGCAGACAUGCCGGUAGCCGAUGCGGCGGCGCUGCUGCGGGGCGGCCUGAGCGACCGCGCGGCGUCGGUGCGGGAGGCGGUGGCCAGCCGCCUGGUCAUGGCCUGGCUGGACGGUGUGGACGGGGAGCCGCUCAAGCUGGUGCACGCGCUCAACGUGCAGGCGCACCCAGAGGAGUGCGAGCUGGUGCUGCGCACGCUGCUGGACCGAGGCGUGGCCAACGCGGUGCACCUGGGCCGCAUGGCGGAGAGCGACGGCCUGGGCCUGCGCGCCGAUUUCUCCCAGCCCGGGGUGCUCAUGGGCCCCGCCUCCGCCCUCUUCUGGCGCGUCGUCUGUGAGUGGCUGCACAGCCAGGCCACCAGCAAGGGCCUGGCCGCCGCCAACAAGGUGGGCGCCGCCGCCAACAUCGACGCGGCGGCGGCGGCGGAGCGGCUCGAGGCGCUCGAGUCGGCCAUGCCCGGCACGGUGGCAGAGAUGGCUGAGAUCAUUGCCAAGCACGCGGCGGGUGGCGCGCGGUACCGCUUCUCCGCCGGCCAGCUCAUGCAGCUGGCGGCCAAGUGCAUGGACUUUGCGGAUGCGGCGGGCAGGAGCGCCGCCUCGCUCAUGCUGCGCCAGCUGCUGGCAGACGCGCCCAGCGGCGACGACGCCGAGGAGGUGGCCGCCUGGGAGGAGGCGUGGCACAGCGACGCCUGGCUGCGCGCGCUGGCGCUGUUCCUGCGCAAGGUGUACGGCUCCCCCGCUGAGCUGGCGGAUGCCAUGCUGGACGUCAUCGGCGCCCUCCACCGCCUGGCCGGCUUUGCCACCGAGGGCGUGGAGGUGGCGGAGCAGGCCUGGGUGCACGCGCUGGGCGUGGCUGGCCUGCUGCUGGAGCAGCUGCGCAGCGCGCGGCCCGCGCUGGCGGCGGGCGGCGCCUUUGGCCUGGCCGACCUGCUGCACGGUAUCAUCCAGCCGGGCGUGCGCCACCGCUCCGUUAAGGUGCGGCGCGAGGCGGUGCGCUGCCUGGGCCUCUACUGCUUCCUGGAGGGCAUCCCCACCUCCCCCGCCAGCCACCUGGUGGUGCUGCGCCAGAAGCUGCUGGAGCACGGGGAGUCGUCGGCGGUCAAGGCGGCGGCGGUGCAGGCGCUGGGCGAUGCGGCGCUGUCGCGCGGCAUCAAGGAUGUGGAUGCGCUGGUGGUCCCCGAGAUGGCGGCGCGCUACCACAUGACCCUGGACACAGAGCGCCCGCUGGCGCACAACGUGGAGCUGCAGCAGGAGAAGCCGCUGCUGGGCCUGCUGCUGGAGAUGCUGCACGAGUGGAGCGAGCGGUUUGAGGCGGCGGCGGCGGGCAAGAAGAAGGCGGCCAGGCGCAGCCGCACCAGCGAGGACGUGGAGCAGCAGGCGGCGCUGGGUGCGGCGCUGGUGGAGGCGCUGGCCCGCCUCGCCCGCUCCCACCUGUUCUGGGUGGAGCGACAGGAGCGGGAGGGGCGCCCGCUGGCCAUGGAGGAUGCGGAGGUCAUCGAGGUGCUGGUGGACCUGCUGGUGCUGUACUUCAACCCCGCCAUCGAGGCCGCCACCCUGGUGUCCCAGGCGCUGCCCGUCUUCUUCCAAAACUACGCCGAGCUGACACCCGAGCACCAGCAGUACCUGGCCACCGCCUUCCUGGCGGCGGCGCGCACGGCUGCCUCCCAGGACAAGGCCAGCGGCAAGAAGGUCACCGCCGCCAACUGCACCUCCGCCAAGGUCAUGGGCGUGCUGGCGCAGCUGCUCAUGACGCCCUACCGCGGGGAGGACAGCAACAAGCUUGAGGCCGUGGGCCACGAGAUGCUGGUGGACCUUGUGCUGCGGGAGGCGGUGGUGUGCAGCAGCCCCGCCUACCUGCCCGAGGUGCCCAAGCCCUACCUGGCGGCGCUGUGCCGGGUGGCGGCGGCACUGGAGGUCUUCCCUGUGGGAGAGGUGCAGGAUGGGGCCACGGUGCGCACCCUGAAGCAGCUGGCGCGGCAGGCCUGGGCGCAGGUGCCCGACCGCGCGAUGCGGAAGGAUCUGGACACCCUGCUGGAGAAGCUCAGCGCACGGGCGGCGCAGUUCUCGCUGCCGGUGGAUCCCUUCACCCCCGAGGAGGUGGAUGCACUGCUGGAGACGCUGCUGGAUUACGACCGCAGCGGGCUGCUGGCCGACUACCCGCUGCCGUUUGAUGCGGUGGCGGAGCCGGAGGGCGAGGCAGCCGGCGCGGCGCCCGUAGCCGGCAGCCGGGCCGCCAAGACGGCGGCCCGGGGCAAGACGCCGGCCCGCGCCCGCGGCGGCCGCCGCCAGCAGGCAGACAGCUCGGAGAGCGACGACGAUGACAGCGGGCUGCCGAUGCCGCAGUCGUCGGAUGAUGAGGCAGCAGAGGAGGGCACACCAGCGCGUGUGCCGCCCACGGGCUCCCGCCGCCAGCCCGAGCGUGCAGCCCGCAGCGCCCGCAAGCCGCUGGCCGAGCCGGCCACCCCAUCCUCUGACGACGAGGAGGAGGAGAGCGAGGAGGAGGGCGACGACCUGUCGCCGCUGGCAGAGAACAGCCCAGCGGUGGUGCGCCCCACCAAGGCCCGCCGCUGCUCCAGCGACAGCGUGUCGGCGCUGCGCCAGGCGCUGCAGGAGAACCGCAUCAGCUGA